UGUUCAGUAGCAUAAAACUUCCCAUGAAGACUCAGGUUUCACAUUUACAGAAAAGUACUAGGCUUCCUUUCUAAGCACUGGGCUCCAAAUGAUAAGGCCCCCAAAUAUUCUAAGAUUGUUGCUGUUUCAUCCCAAGGAGGGUUUUUUUGUUUUGUUUUGUUUUUCUUUUCUUUUCUGAAAAAUGCCAACCACACAGAAAACAUUGAUGUUCCUUUCUGGCUUUCUCACAAGCCUUGGCUCUGUUGUUGUCAUCUGCUCAAUUCUGGGAACACAGGUAUGGAUCACCAGCACGAUUUUCUUCACAGACGCUAUUUCCAAUGGUACCAUUGUAAUCACCUAUGGCCUUUUUCGUGGUACGAGUGCUCAAGAUUUGAAUGAAGGCCUUCAGGAUCUGGACAAAAACUUUGAAGUUUUAGGGAUAUUGGACAAUUCCUCCCAGAAGUCUCUGCAUUCGGUGGCCGUCCUGUUCCUGGUCCUGGGUCUGGGCGCUUCGGUGCUGAGCUCAGUGUUCACGCUCUACAACAGCAUCAGCAACCCUUACCAGACAUUCCUGGGUCCUGUGGGUGUCUACACCUGGAACGGACUCAGUGCAUCUUUUGUGUUCCUGACCAUGGUCCUGUUUGUGGGAAAUGUGGAGUCCAACCAUCUCUCAGAAAAACUAUCCCAGAAGCUUUAUCCAGACACCACCAACCAGAAAGUAACCCACAGUUACGGAUACUCAUUUUGGCUCAUUCUGCUUGUCAUCCUUCUGAAUAUUGUCACCGUGGUCAUUAUCAUUUUCUAUCAGAAGGCACGAUACCAGCAAAAACAGGAGCAGAGGAAGCCGGUAGAAUAUGCUCCCAGGGAUGGCAUUUUAUUCUGAGUCCUGUCUCAUCACACAUGUACUGUCUCUGCUGGUAGUAACUGGCUGGGUCCUCUGGACACUGCUUGGCAGAGUAACUGUCAGGUGCCAUAGCUUCUGUAACCAUGACACCAUGUUCUUCCUAGACAAUGCUGGCUUGCACAUUUCUCCACAGGUAGCCCUCUGGAAAGGGUUUUCUCGCAGGGGCAAGAGAAUGAGUGGGAAAGGCUGUGGUCUACAGUACUCCUAGAAGAUGUGAUCUGGGGCUUGCAGGUCCUUCCCACGUGGCCUUGAUAUCUAUGGGAAUAAAGGUUUAUGGGGUUUUGUUUGUUUGUUUGUCUUAAUUUAUUUUAUUGCCUUUCCUGUGACCAUCUUAAUGGAUUGUAUCCCCUAUGGGAUAUCCUCAGGAAGGAUCAGGGCAUUUUACUCCACUAUAAAAAAAAAAAAGAGGCUUUUAGGCACUUGUUUUUCCAGUCAAGAAUUAGACACAAAAGGAUAAACGAUGAAAUGGCCUUGUGCUCUGGUCUCUUGGUGGCUGUCCUGGCUUACAGGUUAAUUUCCGUUAAUAAGGGCUAGACACAUGUAGAACUUAGGCCUUAUGAAGCCCUGCAUGAACAGAUUAGAGGUAAAAUAUAGUCAUUGUGGUCACUUUUUCCCCAGUAGAUAGACAACCAGCAAACUGGGAAAGGCACCAAAAUUUAUUCUACAUGUUUUUCCAGUAAGAUAUUUCCUUUGAAGUAUGUGAGAACCCUUCAGCCUUGACUUCUAUUCUACAAGCUGCUAGAGCGAAAACUGAUAGAUUGAAAAGUGACCCCGUCACGUGUUGAUGGAGUGGUAAAGCAGUAUCUCUGUGACAAGCAGUGGGUCUAUGACAUCCUCAAGGAUAAAUGGCUUUCAACACCCAGACUUAGAGACAUGAGCUGGGUUCCCACAGUGUUGCCAGCAGCAUACUGGGUCCUUCCUUCGUGGCUUUUACUAUCAGGCAGUUGAGACAGAAACUUAAUAAGCAUUUACUUGACUCCAAUUAAAACAGUUGCUAGGGGUGGAGGCCACCCCUCCAUUGUAGAACACUAAGGUGCCUAGCAAGAUGUGCAAGGCCCUGGAUUCCGUCCCUAGCUCCAUAAAAAUAAAACAAAAACAUAGUUACAAACUUGUGCUGUGUUUCGAAAGGAUGGUUCUCUAUCACGCACUACCUUGAAGAUCUACUAACUCAAGAUUACACUUAUCUGUUAAAUUAUUAAAAGUUUAUUUUAUUUCCCUUGUUGUGUGCACAUGUCAUGGUAUGUGUGUCUGUGUGACUCUGUGUGUGGAGGUCAGACAGCAGGCUUCAGGAGUUGAUUCUCUCCUUCUACCCUAUGAGACCUGGGGAUCAAACUCAGCUUAUCAGGUUUGAUGGCAAGCACAUUUACCCACAGAGCAAUCUUGUGGGCCUACUAUUAAAUUACUAUAAAAUUUGGGUUUGGGCAACAGUGGGUCAGUGGGCAAAAAUGCUUGCCACCAAGCCUGAUGAUCCUAUUCCUCAGGACCCACAUAGUAGAAAGAAAGAGCUGAUUCCUGCAGCUCUGACCUUCACGCAUGCAUCGUGACGUGUGCAUGCUGAUAACCAUAGCCACCCUUCCCCACUCAAAAUAUAUGUGUGAACAUAAGACAAAAUAAAACUUAAAAUGACUCAUUCUUGUUCAUCUAAAACUUUGGAAUAUAUUUUUAAAACAUGAUUAUAAACAGUAAAAAAUUAUUAACUUUAAGUCUAAAAGCAUUUAUAUUCUUUGAAGGCCUGAGUUUUCUGUUGGAUUUUUGAUAAUGUGACCAUGUAAUGAAGAGGAAACAGAUGUGGGUGGCUGGCCCAUGCCUGUGAUCCCACCUGUCACAAAGCAGGAGAUCACCACAACUUUGAAGUCAGCCUGGUACAUUGGGAAAUUAAGUCAAGGACUUCAUAAAGAGACUGUCAUGGUUUGAAUGAGAAAUGUUUCCCAUAGGUUCCUGUAUUUGAACACUUGGUCCCCAGGUGUUCAGGUCCCAACUAUCUGGGAAUGUUUUGGAACCUUUAGGGGGUGGAGCCUUGCUGGAGGAAGUAUGUCAGUGGGAUGAGCUUUGAGAGUUCACAGCCUCAUCUUACUUCCAGUUUGCUCUCUCUGCCUCCUGUUCCUGGUGUCUGCCCUGCCAGUUGCUACUAUAACUCAUCACCAUUGUGGACUCUCCUUCUCAAAUUAUAAGCCCAAAUAAACUCUUUCUUUGUAA